UGUUAGCGCGCGUAAUCUGACCGGAGUCUGUGGACGGGCUCGCGCUUCUCUCGGCGCACUGGAGUACAUUGCCUUAACGCGAGCAAAACAUUUGUCGAUGAUUGAGAGACGGCUGCUGAAUGCUGAGAGAGAAAGAGCAAAGCCCGGAGCACAGAGAAUAACCCUCGGCUAGGGUAAAGCACCACAGCGCCCGUCCUGGAGAGUGCACUGGACAUCACUGUGAACCUUCACCCAGGACAGAAAGAGAGAGAGAGAAAUGGUCUUCGUGAUGGCAUCAAAGUGGCUUAUUUGUUUCUGCCUACUUUGGCUCUGCGUGACAAGGUCUCUUGCUGCUGAUGCUGAGGAGAGGCUGGUAGAUUUUCUGCUCGGUCCUGAGCGUUACAAUAAACUUAUCCGUCCUGCGGUCAAUAAGAGUCAGCAGGUCACUAUUGGCAUCAAAGUCUCUCUUGCACAGCUCAUUAGUGUGAAUGAGAGGGAACAAAUCAUGACGACGAAUGUGUGGCUGACUCAGGAGUGGACUGACUACAGACUGGUGUGGGACCCGAAUGAGUAUGAAGGCAUCAAAAAACUACGAAUACCAUCACAGCACAUCUGGCUUCCUGAUAUAGUACUCUAUAACAAUGCUGAUGGUGUAUAUGAAGUUUCAUUUUACUGCAAUGCCGUAGUCUCCAACACUGGGGAUAUUUUCUGGCUCCCUCCUGCCAUCUACAAGAGCGCCUGUGCUAUAGAAGUCCGUAACUUCCCUUUCGAUCAACAGAACUGCACGCUUAAAUUUCGCUCUUGGACCUAUGACCGCACAGAACUCGAUCUUGUCUUGACGUCUGAUUUUGCCAGUCGCGAUGACUACACACCCAGCGGCGAAUGGGAUAUCGUGUCCCUCCCUGGCAGAAAAAACGAAGACCCCAAUGACCUCACAUAUCUGGAUAUCACAUACGACUUUGUGAUUAAACGCAAACCUCUCUUCUACACGAUUAACCUUAUCAUUCCAUGCGUCCUCAUCACGUCUCUUGCAAUUCUGGUUUUCUACCUCCCUUCAGACUGUGGAGAGAAGGUGACACUAUGCAUGUCGGUUCUUCUGGCUCUUACUGUGUUUCUGCUCCUGAUAUCGAAGAUCGUUCCACCAACAUCAUUAGCUGUUCCAUUAAUAGGAAAGUAUCUGAUGUUUACGAUGGUGCUGGUCACAUUUUCUAUUGUGACGAGUGUGUGUGUGCUCAACGUGCACCACCGUUCUCCAUCGACACACUACAUGCCCGAGUGGGUCAAGUGUGUGUUUCUUCAUAAGCUUCCUGCUUUCCUUCUGAUGCGACGGCCUGGAAGGUCUAAUGUACGGGAAAGGUUUCGACGGAAACAUCAACGGAAAUCAUUCUCAUCUCAUCAGGAUGGAGACUCGUUCUUCUUAACUGAUGACCCUGGGCGUGUGUGCGGGGCUUGGAGGGUCGGUGACCUCCCUGAGGGGUCAGAGUUCAGGCAGAGAGUGAAAGUCAGGCACGACCAAGAUGUGGAUGAGGCCAUAGAUGGUGUGAGGUUCAUUGCUGAACAUAUGAAGAUUGAGGAUGACGAUGAAGGGAUCAUUGAGGACUGGAAGUAUGUAGCCAUGGUGAUCGACCGGCUCUUCCUCUGGAUUUUUAUCCUGGUGUGUGUCGUCGGCACACUCGGACUCUUUGUUCAGCCUCUCUUUCAGAGCUACAACACCCCCGUGGCAGAAGAAGUAUAUGGGGAUUUCUAAAAUAUCCACUGAGUGAUCCUGUGACUUUGGGGCAUACCAGCUUUGACAUAUCACAAACACAAAUCCACAUUAACGUUCAGCAGAACCGAACCAUUGUGGGACGAAUUCACUAAACUGUUGCAUUAGCGUGUGGUGUUUCAGCGCAAACUUAGGAAUUUUAUUCACCAACCACCCGCAAUACAGUUUAAGCAGCACAUAAUAAUUUUUUUGAAAACCUCUUUUCUAUGCAAAUUAGGCUUCUUAUAGCAUGUGUAUUAACGUUGUGCUAUUAUCGUCCACAGGAAGCUGGCUGUAAACACAAUUGUAUGUAAACAGAUACCGAUUUACAUUUUCUACUGAUCGUGGUAGCAGUAAAUUAUCAAAUGAUGAUUAAUUGGAGUAGAGUGUUAUAAUCAGCCGUAAAAUCAGCCAUUACUCAAUUUGCAUAAUUUCUUUAGAUGCAGAUAAACACAUUUGCUGGUUCUGUUCCUUCUUAGUGAAUUCCUUAUGUGUGUCACAUGACAAACAGUCUCAACGCUAUAAACCAAUGAUCCUGUUUCUUUAAUUAAAGGUGCUGUAUGUAAUUUUUUUGACUAUAGUAAAGCAUACAAAUGCCAUAAUUGAUUUGCAGAUAUUUAGGAAACGCUUAAUAUACUUGUUUCUCUGAAAAGCAAUGCUACAGUCUACUUUUAAUGUGCAUUCUGUGUCAGAAUGUCUGUUUUUGUUUUGGUGUGUGUGAUUCCUUACACAGUCAUGGAAUCCAGCAACACAAAUUGGGUCAGAGAUCACAGAUUCUAUCCAACCUAAAAAGCUUUGGAUCCAACUAAAAAUCUCUGUUUCGAGAGGAAUAAUUAAACAUGGAUGAAUCAUCUUGUCAGCUUAAAUUGUAAGGCUCGCUGCCUUCAUUUGUCAGUUGAAUUCUCCCUGUCGCACGUUCUCAAUCUGACAACCCAGACUCCUCGAGUCUGAGGAGGAUGUACCGGAGAAACAAUAUUUUUAAACUAUAUAUUUUAACUACUAGCUCAAAAUUACAUACUGCACCUUUAAGAGUUUCUCAUUUGAGCAAUAAAAGUCAGCUGUCAUCUUUGCAGCCAAAUUGUUGUACAACAUUUAUAUGGUUUAUGUAGUGUUCACUUUUAUGUUUUUUUCAAGGCACACAUUCACUUAUAUCAAAGAAGGGUUUACAGGGUUUCAAGAGCAGGAUUAUCAGAGACCUUGAUGCAAGAACUAAUUUUCUAAGACGUUUUUUCUCCUCUUUGCUUGACCUCAUACAAAUGCAUUGACACAAACUGUAGUUCACUCAGUAUUGUUUGAAAUGAACAUUUGAUUAAUGGCUAUAAGUGGUUUUCCAGAAUUGAAGCACAUUUUAAUUGCCUUAAAAGAAAGUUUCAUGCUGUGAUUGAUCACUUCACCACCACAAAAGUAUGAUCAAUAGACUUUCCAAAAUAAGCAUUGUAGUUAAUAAAAUAAUACAAUAAAUAUUUUUUUCCUUCA